AUGCACAGCCAAUCCAACCAGUUCGUGCCCUCUGUGGUAUUCUUUUGCCCACAGAGCAAAGCUCCAACAGAGGCGUACCUCGAGCAACUACAGAAGUACAUUGUCGAAAAUCCUUUCUUACAUCCCUUCGCAGAGGCCAUCACGUCGCUGAAAGACACAUGGAGCACACUUUGCGAAGGCUAUGCGGACAUUGCGAAACUCAAGUCAGGCGAACGACAUGCCGUUAGCCUGGAGCGAUGGAUCACCGACGGUAUAGCUGGGCCUGUAUCCAGCUCCAUGUCUGGGAUUCUGGCUUUGCCGCUAUUAGUCGUCAUUCAGAUUUGUCAAUACUUCCAGUUGCUGGAGUUGCACGAUCUCACACAUGAGCAAAUGCUAUCAAGUCUGAAGAACGGCGGGGGUGCGCAGGGAUACUGUGGAGGUCUUCCUACAGCAUUCGCUAUUUCCUGCGCCAAAGACGAAAAAGAAGUGGUCCGUCUUGCCACUAAGGCUUUACGCCUAGCCUUUGCGGUGGGAUCAUUUGGUGAACUUGGCGACGACGAGUCGAUAGAGGGAGCUACGACAAUUGCGGGUAUUCCUGGGGGUUUGCAAGUGACUGAUAUUCACAUCCGCGGUAAAGUACACAAUCCGGAGAACGCGCCUCUAGUCCAAGUGCUAUUUGAUAUAUGUCGGGAGCAUGAUGAGAUGCAGUUGCCGGAUGCGAGUCAGCUUCGAGUUCCCGUGCGAUCGAACUUGAACGGCAAGCUGCUGAUCGACUGUUCGCUGACACACGAGGCGAUCAACACCAUUCUUGCCUCUCGGUGCGAGUGGUAUCGACUUUUGAAGGAGGUUGCGCAAGACCUAGCGGGAAGCGGUACUGACUGCCAUACAUUCGCUUUGUUUGGAAUCGGUGACCCUGUCCCGCUGAUGCCGUUCCACAAUGCUCGCUUGCGGGUAUCGAAGGUGGAAGCCCACACCGCUAUUCAAGAAGCCAGGCUGGCUGAAUACAAGUACCCGGAUGAUGCCAUCGCAGUCACUGGAGUUUCAUGCCGACUCCCACAAGCAAACGACCUCGAAGAAUUAUGGCAACUUCUCGCCGCUGGCACGUCGACUUGCGAAGAAAUCCGCCAUGACAGGGUACCCAUGCAUGAGAGCUUUCGUGCUCUGCGGAAUGACAAGGGGAAGCAGAAGUGGUUCGGCAACUUCAUCGAUGGAGUCGACGAGUUUGAUUGGGCUUUCUUCCGUUCUAAUGCUAAGGAGGCUGCUAGCAUGGACCCUCAACAGCGAAUUUUGUUGGAAUUGACGUUCCAAGCUCUGGAUUCCGCAGGGUAUCUCCGCAGACAUGUUCGCGAGAAUGGAGACAGGGUCGGCUGUUUCAUCGGAGCGAGUUUUAUCGAGUACACGGACAAUACUGGUGCUCACCCACCAACUGCAUAUACGGCAACGGGCACUAUUCGAGCAUUCCUGUGUGGGAGACUCAGCUACCACUAUGGAUGGACUGGACCGGCGGAAGUCAUUGACACUGCAUGCUCGUCUUCACUCGUCGCUAUCAAUCGCGCCUGCCAAUCUAUCUGGUCUGGCGAGUGCCCAAUGGCUGUUGCUGGAGGAAUCAAUAUCAUAUCUGGCAUCCACAAUUACUUAAACCUUGGAAAGGCUGGUUUUCUCAGCCCGACCGGUCAAUGUAAGCCAUUCGACCAAUCGGCGGAUGGAUACUGCCGAGGCGAUGGUGCUGGGAUGGUCGUGUUGAAGCCCUUGAGACAGGCUUUAGCAGAUGGCGACCAAGUAUUAGGUGUCAUACCGGGGUCAUCCACAAAUCAAGGCGGUCUGUCUUCGACUAUAACAGUUACUCAUCCACCAGCUCAAGUUGAUCUGUAUCAAUCAAUUCUCAAGAGAGCUGGGAUGAGCCCAAAUCAUGUGUCAUACGUCGAAGCUCACGGGACCGGUACACAAGCAGGUGAUCCUCUUGAGGUUAGCAGCAUCAGGGACGUGUUUGGUGGAUCAGAGCGUCCUAAUAAGAUGUAUCUCGGUUCCAUCAAAGCCAACACUGGUCACGCAGAGUCGGCAGCAGGGGUCGCCGGACUGCUCAAGGUUAUCGCCAUGUUACAAAAGAAAGCAAUCCCGCCCCACGCCUCAUUCGAUUCCUUGAAUGCGAAGAUACCCUCUUUGUAUCCAGAUAAGAUUGUGAUCGCAAAGAAUCUGGAACCUUGGGAGGUACCCUUCAGGGCUGCCUGGGUCAACAACUAUGGGGCGGCGGGAAGUAACGCGUCGCUCGUUGUUUGCGAAGGACCUCAGAAAGACAUUGGCAAAGCACAAGCUCGUUUGUGUGCGGACACUGCGUAUCCCAUCAUACUAUCAGCCCACUCAGUCGAGAGUCUCAAGGCCUUCGCAAAAUCGCUGGGUUCUUACGUGAGUAAAGGGGAUCUGGACCUCGCAAGCCUUGCUUAUACACUCUCUGAGCGGCGAAAGCGACAUCCUGUGGCAUGGAUGACUACAGUCUCCGAGAUCGCGAGCCUCCAGGCCAAACUCUCUGCGGAUAUUUCACCAUGCAACAUAACCGCAUCAUCCAAACGUGUGGUGCUUGCAUUCUCCGGUCAGAAUAAGCAAACUGUUGGCCUUUCGGGUUCGUUCUUCGGAGAGCUGACAGCGUUGGCCGUGUCAGGUGUGCUCUCUAUCGAAGAUGCGCUCAAGCUCGUGGCUACUCGAGCCCAACUCAUGGUAACUAAAUGGGGUCCAGAGAGAGGUACCAUGCUUGCGAUCUUCGCGUCAGUCUCCAUUGUCACACGCAUUGUUGAGACUGUUGGGAGCAACUCUUUGGAGAUUGCUUGCUUCAAUGGCCCCAACAAUCAGGUUGUAGUAGGAACCAAGACUGCAGUGGCGAACGUAGAGAAGUUGUUGGCUACUGGCCCCUCGUUCAAGGGUAUCAAAAGUCAGAGAGUUGAUGUCACUCACGGAUUCCAUUCUGUUUUCACUGAGCCACUCAGGGACGAUUUCGCCAGAUUCUUGGGAUCAUUGACCUUUAUGUCGACUUCAAUUCCAAUCGAGCCGUGCACACAGGUACAUACUAGUUCAAUCACUGUUGAGCAUGUUGUAUCGCAUCUCCGACAACCGGUCUACUUCGUAGACGCUGUUAGGCGAAUAGAGGAGCGCCUAGGAGGAUGCGUCUGGCUCGAAGCAGGAUUCGACUCGUUUAUCGUUCCGAUGAUCAAACGUGCGACUACCAGAUCGGAGAUGCAUUCAUUCCACGGCAUCAAGACAGCUGGGGCUGAUCAACCUACCGAGAUUCUCUCUCAAUGCACCAUCGAUCUCUGGAAGGAAGGGAUCGACAUCACCCCAUGGCCUUUCAUAUCUCCAUCCGAUGCUGGUGUGGAGCCAAUCUGGCUGCCGCCUUAUCAGUUCCAGAAGACCAAAGCUUGGCUAGAGAACAUUGAUAGAGCUGCUGAGCUCCAACGGAAUUUGGCUACUCUCACCUCACGAGAGCCCGAGGUCGCUCCUCUUCGUAUUCCUGUUCGCCUACUACAUCACGCGGGGUCUACUGGUCGUACGGAAAAGUUUGUCAUCAACAGUUCGGCGAGUCGUUUCCGUGAGGUCAUCAGUGGCCAUGCAGUCAGAGGCCGGCCGCUUUGUCCCGCUUCCAUGUAUAUGGAAUGCGUAGCUAUGUCGGCGCAGCUUCUGGGUGCAGAUUACGGUUCCAGGUCAUUGGUAUUCAAGGACUUGUCAUUUGAAUCGCCAUUAGGUGUCAAUCCGGACCGCUACGUGAACCUGAACCUGGAGGAAACAGUCAAGAACAGUUGGAAAUUCAUCGUUUCGAGCUCCCCCGGUCCGGGAAGUAGCUCAACUCGUGCGACUGUUCAUGGCAGAGGCCAAAUGCUUCUGGUUGAGAACUCUCAAUUUUCGACAUACAAGCGACUUAUAGCUGGCCGACUUGACUCAAUUCGAUCGAGUCCCAGUUCGGAGAAGCUCAACGGUGGACGGGCUUACAAGCUUUUCUCAAAAGUUGUUGAUUACGCCGAUUUCUUCCAUGGGAUCAAGAGCAUCGUUAUUGAUAAGAAUGAAGCCCUGGCUGAUAUUCGCAUGCCAGACAGUCAUCUUGGAAGGGAGGAGAGUACCGCAACAAAACAUUGUGACACUAUGUCCAUCGAUUCGUUUAUUCAAGUCUCCGGUUUGCUUAUCAACAGCAGUAAAGCUUGCCCUCAAGGUCAGGUCUUUGUAGCUUCGGGUGUCGAAAGCAUUACGAUGUCAAGGCUUUGCGACUUCGACACUUGCAGGGAAUGGAACGUGUACGCGAUUUUCAGUCUCAUAGAUGAUGUGCAUGCGACUGGCGAUGUCUUUGUUCUCACCAAAGACGGCGAGGUAGCCAUGACAGCCAUUGGCGCUAAAUUCCAUCGUCUGGAGAUAACUAAGCUUGAGCGAACGCUGGAUGCGGCGAAUGGAUCCAAAAUGAAUUCGAAAGAGGCUUCACGUCCUUCUCUUCCCGGCCCCAUUUCGUCUUUCCAGAGCUCCAUGUCAACUUCCGUCAAAAGUGCUCUGGAGCUGACGCCCGACAACGAUUCUGGUUUUUCUAGCGCUUCUUCUGUAGCUGAAGACGAAUCUGACGACAGAGAGGUACCACUGAAGGCAAUGAUCUCUACGUACACUGGCGCACCGGCCGAUUUCAUUUCCUCGAACACCUGCCUUGGUGACCUCGGUAUUGAUUCACUCGCGUCGGUCGAACUAUCCGAUGAGAUAAAUGAGCGCUUUGGGAGAUUGGUCUCGCCCGGCGAGCUUCUGACGAUGACUUAUGGUGCAUUGAGCCAAAUGAUGUCUCCUGAUGUCGCUAAAGUCAGCCAAAAGCCCAUCAUGCCAUCCAGGAAGCAGGCGGCAACAACGUCACCACCAGCUUCUGAGAUGGUUGAGAACAGUUCGCAAUUUGGCCAGAGCAAAAAUGCAGUUGCUGAACAAAUGGAAAAAGACUCAGUCAUUGAUACCCGACGUGCCAAGUUGUUUGAUCUCAUGUCGGAGCUCUGCGGUGUGGACGUCAGUCAUAUUCAGGAACACCAAUCUCUCCAGGACCUUGGAUUUGAUUCCCUUUCUACAACAGAACUUGGAUCAAGUAUAUCCGACGAGUUCAAUGUCGAUAUUGACAGCAUCGACACUCUCCUCGACCUUUCCGUCAAAGAACUCAUGCAGCUAGUUGGAAUUGGUACACGGAAUCCGAGCUACGAGCUCUCAAAGCCGCUAAUCUCACCAGUGACUGUGACACCCACAUGCGGCAUUGACCAACCCGCAGGGAUUACGGAUCCAUUCGAAGCUCUGCUGGCAGCAGAGUCUUCCCUCCAGGACUAUGCAACGUCUUGUCAUUUCACGGGAUAUCUCACGAAGGUAGCUGCUCGUCAAGACGAGUUACUACUUGCAUAUCUCGUUGAAGGGUUUCAAAAGUUAGGAAUCGAUCUCAGGGCCAUCGGGACAGACCAGAAUAUCCCCGAUUUUGCCUAUCUUCCGAAGCACGUCAAGGUGGUGCAGAGAUACUUCGAGAUCCUCCAGAAGCAUAACAUUAUCAAGGAAAAAGACCUCGGCUAUGUCCGAUCAUCUGGUUCAUGCGUUUUCCCACCUUCAUCCCAGCUCUUGCGUAACCUUGUCGCCGAUUAUCCCCAAUACAGCUGUGAGGCUGAACUUAUGGCUCUCACCGGUCCGAAGAUUGCAGAGUGCCUGACGGGUACCGAAGACCCCGUCAAACUCCUGUUUGGUACCAGCAAGUCGCAAGAAGUCGUUGGAAACUUCUACACCAAAGCUCCUAUGUUUGCCACACUGACCGAAGUUCUUGUCAAUUUCGUGGUUCGUUUAUUGAGCAAGGCAAACGGACCCGUCCGUAUCCUCGAGGUCGGAGCCGGCAUGGGGGGAACUACUAAGCGACUUGGUGAGGCACUGAGCACUCUCGGUCAUCCGAUUGAGUAUUUCUUCACAGACAUAUCCUCAACACUUGUCCGUAAUGCAUCUAAGAAGUUUAAGUAUCCGUGGAUGCAGUUCAAGACGGUCAAUCUGGAGAUUGAACCCCCCACAGACAUGAUUGGUAGAUUCGACGUCGUCAUCAGCACAAAUUGCGUCCAUGCGACGGUCAACAGGACUGAUACUUGCCGUCGCAUUAAACAGAUGCUGAACUCGAACGGUCUGUUGGUGCUCUCGGAGAUAACUACUAUCUUUGACUGGCACGAGGCUGUCUUUGGAUUGUUAGAGGGCUGGUGGUUAGCAAAUGAUGCUUCACAUGCUAUUCAGCCUCCAAACGUGUGGAUGGACUUCAUGCAUCAAGCUGGAUUCCCCAGUGCUACCUACUCUCAGAGUACAGUACCGGACUGCAACCUUCAACGACUUCUUAUAGCCUCUGCACAGCAACAACCGGAGCUGCCUCGUCAGGAAGAACAGCCAACGGCUGGUGUCAAGACAGUUGUUUACAAAUCUGUCGAUGGAGUUGAGAUUGAAGCGGAUGUUUACUUGCCGAACCGGCCGCCAGCCAGUUUGAUGCCUGUAGCAUUGAUGAUCCAUGGAGGUGGGCACAUGACACUGUCACGCAAAGCAGUCAGACCCUUGCAGACGAAGUUCCUGCUUUCGCACAACAUUCUUCCCGUCAGUGUGGACUACCGCUUGGUUCCCGAGGUCAACGUCAUAGAAGGGCCAUUUUCAGACGUUCGAGAUGCUUACUUUUGGAUCCAGACGAAGCUAUCUGCGAUCACAUCCAAACUUGGCAUUUCAAUCGACACAAGUCGCGUUGUCUCGAUUGGUUGGUCCACUGGCGCCCAUCUCGCUAUGAGCCUUGCUUGGACGACCAGAGAGCUGAAGAUCAAACCACCAGCUGCCAUAUUGGGUUUCUAUGGGCCAACUGACUUUGAAUCUGGGGCACUGGAGAAACAUCACGGAGAAAAGCACUCAGGAGAGUUUCCUGUCCGCAGAAUGCGACUGGAGAACAUUAUGCAGUCUUUGCCACGUAUACCUGUGACAAACUAUGGCACCAUGGUGGAUACUAGCCAACUGGGCUGGAUUAAGCCUGGCGAUCCACGCUCAGAGCUCAUCUUUGCAGUACUUAAGGAAGGUAUCGGACUCAAUGUCCUACUCUAUGGUCUUUCUCACGAGGCUUUGGCGCGAAAGCCCGAUCCAGCGCUAGUUAAAGCGAUCAGUCCCAUGGCGCACGUACGAGACGGUUCUUAUGAAGUUCCCACGUUCAUCAUCCAUGGGUUGGAGGAUGAGAUCGUCCCGUUCAAGCCGGCCGAGUCAUUCAUAAAGGCGUUGAAAAAGUCUGGGGUCGAGUGUGGUAUCUUGUCUGUUCCGGGUGUAAAACACAUUCAUGAUUUGCAUUUAAAGCCUGGCUGCAAGGAGUGGAGGGAUCAAGUAGAACCGGGGUAUCGUUUUCUUUUCGAGAUUUUGGACGUUUCAAUUUGA